AUGGAGCCGAGACCUGCCACCAGAUACAAGGAGAACGUACCCCCAAAGCCUGUGGCUGUCCUGAGGCCAGAGCUGAAGAGACCCUGGAGAAACCUGGACAGCAGCCUGGACAGCAGCCUGGGGAGUGGAAGAGACCGGAGGAUGCUCAUGUGCCAGGCCACCACACCCUCCCAAGGCUCCGUGCUUUGCCAGAAGCCCUACCAAGUCCAAAGUAACCUGGCCAGCCCACAACCCCGCCUGGCCCUUGCCCUGAAGGACAGAGCUGGCCGAGUAGGUGACACGGGGCUCUUGCAACAGAGUAACCUACAGCUGCCAGCAGGGAGGUCUCGAAGGAGGACCCGAGAACCCUUUGUACAGCAUAGUAACCUGUGCUUCCGAGGGACCCCUAGCCCCCGCCUGCAGAACAGCUGCCUGCCACCAACUGGCCCGUCCUCCCACCGGAAGCAGACACUCCAGGUCACAGAUACCUCCUGUCUGGACUUGAGACUCUCUGGGGAUUUGGCACAUCUGGAUGGGUGCAUAUAUACUGACCCCAGGCCCUGGGGUAGUUCAGGGAGCUGGGUACCCAGGCUUGUGGGGAAGCCCCUCACCUUGAAGGACCUGUCUAUCCCUGCCCACAGCCAGUUUCAGGCUCCACCCCCUUCCUCCUGCAGCACUGUCCACUGGCUCCUGGAUUCCAUCCAACACCUAGAGCCUGAGGCCACCCGUUCAGGGAGCCAGGCAUCCCAGGAGUACCCGAGUCCUAAACAGAGGGGGGCCCACACCCGUGAUAGCCAGUCAACCCCUGCUCAACCUUGGUCCAGCCACCCCAGGCAGAACAAGGCUCAAAGCAUUGUGACCCCAGAUCCCCAGGCGACUUGGGACUUGACCGAGUUAGCAUCAGCAUCUAACAGCAGAACCUUGGCAGGACUUCAAGGGGGCAGAACUGUCUUCACACUGUCCCUCAUGGAAUAUCAGGAACCUCCAGGGCCAAAGAACCACGGGCCCAUGUCCUAUGCCCCUGGCCGGAAGCUGCUGUCCAAAAGUUUCAGAGCCUGGAGGCACUUGUCACAGAGGCGCCAGGCAGUGGCUAAGGCCACGGCUCUGAGCCACAGGCAGAUGAUUCGAGAGAGGCUCAGAGGACUGCGUUGGAUCUUGUGGCUCCGAGAGGCCCAGCUGGAAGCGGCAUGGGGGCAGCAUGCAAAGGCUCUGCUUGCCUGGAGCUUCCAAGAGUGGAGAUGUGUUGCUUUGCAGCAGAAACAGAAGCAACCUCACAUCCAGGCUGCGCCAAUGUUCCUUGCUUCUAGGAGAAGCCCUUCCUUGGGAGGAAAAGCAGCCACAGACCUUGCCUGGAGAUGCAGAUGCUUUAGGGCCUGGCAACGGUUCAUGCAAAGAGGGGCCCGGUACAGGAGGCAGCUGGCCCACCAAAGAGCGAGGACCUUGAGGACAUGCCUGGGACAAUGGAUGGAGAUGAAGCAGCUCCAGGCCUCAGAUGUGGCAAAGGUGACUCAGCUGGCCCUCUGCCGGCAGAAGGCAGGGAAGGAGGUUCUCAGCAGCUUAGCCCCACGAACUGCCAUGGCCUGUUGUCUUGCGACAGUGGCCCAGGCCCAGCCGCUGCCCAGGGGGCCAGACUGGUGCUCCCUGUGGGAAGCCUGCCGAAAGUUGGGCCUGCACCGUGUCCUGCUGCUCUGGAGGAUGCGACUCUACCAGCACCAGCAAGCCAUCUCCUUCUUUCAGGGCACGCGGAAGCGAGCUCUGCGGGAUAUCCUGAGCCAGUGGCAUUUGAGGGUCUGGGGUCUGGACCCUCUCCCAAGCAGCAUGAAGACCACGUUAGCCCUGGAGCCCUGGGGCAGCAGCCCAGGUGGGGAGGCCCAGCUGGGCUGCAGAACAGGAGGGUCACUGGAGAAGGUGCGGGUGCAGCAGACUCCGGGUGCAGCGAGGCUGUACUGGCGUAGUCUCCAGAGGCGUGUCCUCCUCAGCUGGAGCCACUGGACUGCAGCUCAAGGGGCCUGGAGAGAGCAAGCUGCUCACUGGGCCUGGGCUCUGCACUGCAGGGCUGUGAUGGGCCUAUGGCGGCAGCGGCUGGCACAGUGCCAGGCAGUGCAGAAGAGAGUCCAGGAGCGGGGCCGGGGCCUGGUGCGAACGGCCCUGAGCCGCUGGCUCUCCUGCUGGCAGAGACAGCAGUUCCUCUGCGAGCAGUACCAGAAGUGGGGACAAGUCCACCUCCAGGUCCUGCAGAAGGCCCUGUUCGAGGGAUGGCAGCAGGCGGCAGCUCGACGGAGGUGCCUCCGAAGCUAUUUCCAGGCCUGGCGUGAGUGUGUGAGGGGCACACGAAUGUUCCAGGACCGGCACCAAGCCUUCCCGGAUGGCCUGAGAGGAGACCUGGGGUCUGUGAUUGCUAACUCGCAUGAGGUCUGCAGAGCAGAGACUCUGGCACGGGACCGGCCUGAGGCCUCCGUCCUGGCCUGGAGAAGCUUUCCUCAGCAGAGUGGAGCUGUCAGGCAGCUGAGGAGGGCCCAGGCCCAGCAGGCUUUUGUGGUGCUGCGAGUCACCCUGGGGCUGUGCCGUGAGGCCCGGCAACAGGCAGGAAGGAGAGCUCAAGUCCUGACCCCAGUCCAGGAGGUCCUGUGUUGGAUCCUGUGGACACACGGGGCCUACAUAGGCCAAGCCCACCAAGCUCAUGCUGCCCAGCAGCUGACAGCUCAGUGA